AUUUUUGAACAUUAAGCUUAAAAUAAAUAAAAUGUUACAUUUCGCAAACGUCUUUCAAAUACUUCCUUGCUGUUAAAAUAUAAUUUAACGUUGAAAUUUUAGUAUAAUUAUUAAACUAUUUCAAACAAGAAUACAUAAACUAAUUCAAACAAGAAUAUGAGAAUAUCAUUCUUGUAUUAUAUUAAUACAAUUAUUAAGGAUCAAGGGAUAAAGAAGUAAAAAUACAUCAUCUUCGACAAACGAUAAAUAAUAAUACUUAAAACUCAGAAAAGUACUUUUAUAAAAUAAAAUAAAGAUAUUUUUGAGUGACAAUCGAUGAAAUAAUAAUGUAAUUAAACCUAUGUAUUUCAAAUAUUGGUUUUUAAUACGUCAUAAUUGUCAAUAAAAAUAGUAAUUAGAAAGAACGGAAUAAAAAAAGGAGAAAAGUACAAUGUCUAAGAAGAUAUAAUUAACCGGAAAAAAACUCAUAAUACGAUCGAGUAGUAUAUACAAUACGUGUACGUAUGAAAAUGAAAAUUUAAAUAAUGAAAUGUCAUUGAUGUCAAAAUUGAUGCGUAUCGAUUAUUGAACUUUGGUUAAAUACUGUUCAUUCUUUUGAUAAGAUAUUAGAAUAACGCGUUAAAUAAAGUUAUCUGAAUAUUACAAAUAUUGCAUAUUUAAAAUGGAACAACGUUCAGAAUUUGUGGAUUUACUGUUUGCAAGACGUAAAGAUUAUGAUAUUUUGUGGGUUUCUCGGUCAAUGGAUUCAUUAUCACCACAUAAACUUCCACUGGAAUCUAAAUAUUCUAGAAAUGAAAUGAUUCAGGCAGUUUUAAACGAUGAAAAAGUUAAAUUAGCAAUUAUUUCUUUGGCUGCAAUGCGCCAAAUGGAUGUCAAAAAAGUUAUUAAAGAGGCUUAUGAUAUAAUAAAUGAAAUGGCUAGCAAAGCAGAUUUACUUACUGUUCGUUUCAUGGGUUUAAUUAUUACAAAAGUUCUUAAAAGAAUUUUUGUGAGCAUUUAUGUUAACGAAAAAGCAAUAUACAAGAUGAAAAAGGAGAUGCAAAUUUCUCAGAUACAAUAUGUUUAUGCACCUUCGCACAGAAGUUACUUAGAUUUUGUAGUGUUAUCAUAUGUCUUAUUUUCCUAUGACAUGGCACUUCCAAAUAUUGCUAGUGGAAUGGAUUUUUAUCACAUGUAUAUAAUAGGAGAAUUGUUCAGAAAAUCAGGAUCCUUUUAUAUGCGGCGCAGUUUUUCUAACGAUCCAUUGUACAAAAAAAUAUUUAAUGCAUAUGUAAUGUCUUUAGUAAAACAUAGUGAUAGAGCAAUUGAAUUUUUCAUUGAGGGCACUCGAAGUAGAAGUUUAAAGAGCAUAGUACCAAAGUUUGGUCUUUUGUCAACUAUUUUGGAAAGUUUAUUAGAAGGCAGUGUACCUGAUAUAUAUUUUAUACCUAUUAGUAUUAACUAUGAACGACCACCAGAAGAAUUGUUAUUUGCAUAUGAACUUUUAGGGGUGCCAAAACCAAAAGAAUCUACCGUUGGUUUACUUCAGUCUCUAUCUAUUUUACAGAAGUCAUAUGCCUAUGGAUCUAUUGUUUUUAAUGUUGGUGAACCUAUUUCUGCAUGCCAAUUUUUAAGUAUGGAACAUCGCAAAGAAAAAGUAUUAUCACCUUAUGCAAAAUUACCAACAUCCGUUGUUAAAAAUCUAGCUUAUUGCAUAAUAGAUUCACAUAAAAAAAAUACGAUACUUAUGCCUUUUAAUUUAAUUGCUUUAUUAUUUAAUGAAAAAAGUCAGAUGCAUUCAGGCAAUCCAUAUACAUUAGACGAAUUAGUCAGUGAUUAUUUAUGGUGUAAAAGGCUUUUAGAAGUAUUUAAUGCCACAGUAUAUGUAGGAAGGUCAUUUGAUACAAAUGAUCAAAAUACAGGCAAUGUAAAACAAGAAAUAUUAAAUAGUUUAAAAUCUCACGAAGAGUUACUCAUAAUUGAUACAUCAAACAUUUUGAAACUCAAAGAGAGACAUAUAAUAACAAAACUGAAAAACAGUACCCGUAUUAAAGGUCAUACCUUAUCAGAAAAAACUAUGAGAAUAGCUGUACCUGCCAUUAAUAUUUCAAUUUAUCUAAAUCCAACUUUAUCUUUUUUAAUAAAACCAGCUAUUGUUACUGUUGCAAUAGGAAUAGAAGGAAAUAAGCUCGGAAACGUAUUUAAACGAUAUGUAUUAUUAAGAAAGCUAUUGACCACAGAAUUUGCAAUGCCUUUAAUAGAAGAUGAAUCUGUGAUAAAAUCUGAAUGGGAAGAAACAUUAAAUUUAUUAUUAAGACAAAGCUAUAUAAGUAUUCAGAAUAAUACAUAUAUACAAAGAAAAGAUACUAAAGUAUGCUCCCUUCUCUAUAAUGUAAUAUUACCAUUUAUAGAUACAAUAUAUAUUACAUGUCUUGUUCUGUUUGAGUGGGAUGAAUCAAAAUCAACUCAUAUAACGAUACAAGAAGUAUCGAUCGAAGCACAGAAACAGAUAGAAAAAGCAUUUCUCGAACAACACCAAUGGGGACAACAUCCUUAUUCCUUAUCAAUCGAUUUAAUUAACACAACAAUAUGUAAUCUUGUAACACAAGGUAUUCUGAUACCACAUGAAAACCGAAAUUUAUAUCUAGUAAACAAAAUCGAAAUAAUACAGAUUCUUGCACAACUGCAAAAUCUUUCGCUAAAACGACCAUUAGGUUCAUAUCUUAAUGCAAUAUUACUUCCUCUAUUACCACCACCUGUGUCUGCUAAGUUGUAAAAACAGGAUACAUGGAAUAAAAUUGAGGAGGUAUGUAUUAAAGCAACUUAAGUUACAUAAGGAAAUGACUCAGUUAUGAAGAUUUCAAUAUAUAAUUAAUGCUAUAGAUAUUUGUUUAAUUGUUGCGAACUUGCCUUUUAUAUUAAAAUUUAGAAGAAAAAUUAUGUAAAUUUUUAAGAAUCAUACUCGCAUCGUCAUUAAAUUUAUCUAUUGAUUUUUUUCUUCUGCCAAGAAAUAAGGUAGUUGUAGUGGUUGGUACAGAAUUAUUCAUAUUUCUGAAUAAAAGCUAAAGAAAAUUAUUAUAUGAAUUAUUACAUAAAUUCAUAUCAUUAAUUGUCAUAAUAGAUAUUAUAGAUAAAUAAUUACCAUAACUAAUCUAAUCAGAUACACAGCAAAUGUAAGAAAUGAAAUAGCCAUAAGUGCACCUUCUAUGGAGGGAAAUCCAGCCGCAUGUUCAUGAUCAUAACUAUGAUCGUAAUGUUCAGUACCUCUUUUUUUGCGAGCAUUUGUUAUACUUUCUGCAAGUUGAAAUUCUGAAAACAUUAUUAAAGAUAUUUGAUUAUUAUAAUUGAUUAUUGUCAUAUGCAUCAAUUAUUUUUUUGGUAUCAGUUAUUUUUAUUAUUGUUCUUAUUGUUAUUAUUAUUUGUUGUUACCUAUCUCAGUCAUUAAUGUAUUUUCAAAUGUCUUCAAAAAAUGAAUUUUUCCAUCAAUCGAUGUAGGUUGAGAUUUCAAAAUAAAAUGAACACUUUUAAGUAUAUCCACUGGAAGAUAAUCCAAAAGUCUUGCAUUCUUUGAAGUAAAAGAUUCAUUCAGGUAUUGUUUAUUUCCUUUCUCUUCCUAAAUGACAAAAAUGAAACAUUCAGUUGCUAAUUGUUUUUCAAAAUGAAGUAAUAUUUAAAAAAUUUUUAAUGCAAUAACAUAAUUACCUUCAUUAUUAAGGGAAUUGUUUCAUUGCAUUCUUUUGUAUCAAACACAUUUUCCUGAUCUUCUUUGAUAUUCUUUUUCAUACUAUGAAAAUUGUAUUCUUCAGUUUCAUUAACUGUUAUUUGUUCUAUUUCUGCACUCUUAUAAGUAAUAUUCUGAUACAUGUAAGAAAACUGAUUUCCCAUAUUUCUUUGAGCAAAUUUGUAAAAACGAUCUUGUUUUGUAGUAGGUAUUCUUUGAAUAAAAAAAUAUAAAAUAUCCGAAAAAAUAUUGAUAUAAAAUUAACAUUAAUUUUAUUGUUAUUUAAUAUGAUUUUAUACAUACCUAUAUAUUUUUUUUUCAUUAGAAAAUUGAGGUAUAUCAAUCCAUUCUGCCAAACUAUUAUUCAAUAAUAUCUUGAAUAUUAAUAAACUAGUUAUGAGCAUUGUAAUUAAUUAAACUAUGUAGUUUUUAUAAUAAUGUAAAUAUAUAUAUAUUUAAUAAUAUUAUACAAUAACAAUUCAUUUAUUCCAUAUAUUUGCAUUCACUAAAUAAAAUAAACACAAGUAGAUGUAUUGCUUCUUUAAGUUAUAAAGAACUAACUGAAGAUAGUAUGACAGGAUCAGGAUGUCAUUAUUUCAAGCAGAAGUUCUGUUAGAUUUAACGAGGACAAAGAUUAAAUUUACAACGCAACGACAUAAAUUUUUCUAAAUACUCCAAUAUAUAUUUGUACAUAGAAUUUUUAUUAAAAAAUUAUUGUUCGAAGAAAAAAUAUAUAGAAAGUAUUAAAAAAGUCUAUUAGAAUUAAUAAUUUAUUUAUUCGUAUUAUCAUAAUAAGUACAAUAAUAUUUAACAUUUUAUAAUUUCUUAUGAAAAUUUGUUAAUUUUACUUAAAAUCUAUUAAUUAUAAUGUUAUUAUUUUUUAAUUAUAAUGUUAUUAUAAUUAAUAUUAAUUAUAAUGUUAUUAUCUUUUAAGUACUUUUGUUUAUUAAUUAUAUAAUUGUAAAUAUUAUAAACUUAAAUUCAACAAAGUACAAAUUGUUAAUUCUUAUAAAAUUUAACGUUUUUACAAAAAUUUAAAAAUGUUCUUUAAAUCAUAAAAAGUUUCAAAUAUGUACAAUUAAUUUAGAAACAUAUUACAAAUACAUAAUACAACGUAUAAAAGAAUUACUAAUUUUGCAAAUCAUAUAGAGAUUAUUUUAGAUAACAAUAUCUAUCGAUAUUGCACAAAUCUCCCCAUAUAUAAUUAAAACGUAUAAUAUGUACAAUUGAAAAUAUUUCUGGAGAAUUUUUUAUAAAAUUAUAACAACUAUUAUGUUUAUAUUUAAAUUUAAAUUCACUAUUUCAUUAACUAUCUAAAUACAAUAUUUUAGUACAAUUAUAACGUAUGUUCCAUAAUAAAAAUAUAAACAAAGCAAUAAGUAUUCAUUUUGUAAUUAAAGUAUUUUUGGAAACAAAUUUUCAAAAAUAUAGGCCAUGUAUCAUGUAUAACAACAUACUUGAUGUUAUAUUAAUUAAACAUAAUAAAUAUAACUUGAUGUAUAAAAUAAUUAAGUAUUUUAUGAAUAAAUGAGAUUCUGUUAAUUAAUCAAGUAAUAUAUGAUUGAAAUAAUAUUUGUAUUUGUAUAUCAUGCCCUUCUAACGUAAAAGUAAUGUAAAAAAUGAUCCAUUUUGAAAUAUAAUAUUCUAUUUAAAAUAUUAUUACAACGAGUAAAAUAUUCAGACAAAUCCCAAAUAUUACUAUCCAAAAGCAACUCAGUCUUUAUGAAAUAUUUGAUCAACACGCAAGGAAUUAUAUUUGUUCAUAUUUAAUUUCUGAAUUUAAAGAAAAUGAUUUCUUUCCUGAUUCCUCAUCAUGUUUCUUUUAUUACUACAUUUUUAUUAAUUUCAAUGAUUGCAAAAAUAUUAUAAUAAAAAAAAAGUAUUGCGCUAGAGUAAUAUAACGAAAUAUAAAGUUUUUUAAGACUUUAAUAUAUCAUUACAAAAUGAAUAUUUUAAGUUUCUUAUAAAUUCAUCUAUUUAAGUCAAUUAAUUUCUAAAUAUUGUAAAUUUUUCCUAGUAACUAUAUAUGUAAUCAAAAAAAGAAAAGUAAACACAAUACGUAAAAUUAAAAAAUAUAUAUAAUUUAAAUCUUUUUCUAUUUGGAAAAUACAUUUCUAAUGUAUUUUGCUUUUAAUAAAAUAAUGAGAAAUAAUUUUAUAGAUUAAUAAAAUAAAAUAACAAAUUUACUAAAACGUAAAAUUAAUCAUUUUGUCUAUUAUAUGCUAAUUAUCAAAUAGUUCCAAAAAAUUUUGUUCACUAUUUUCUAGUACGAAAUUUAUCACAAUAAUAAUUAUAAUUAUAAUAUUAUAUAGAAAAUGCUUGAGAAUAUAUAUGAUAAUUUUCUUGGAAUGUACUUAUUUUCAAAUCUUCCCUUGUCUUUAUAAAUGCUUUAUUACGAUGUAUAAGAUCAAAAAUUUAAGAAGACUGCUUUUUCAAUAAUCUUAUCUUUUAUCACAUAAGAAUCAAUAAUUUAAAGUAUACACUUUAUGCAUGUCUUUUUAUUUUUAGUUUUAUCUUUAGUUUUAGUUUGUAUUAA